CCGCGUAACCGCCUUUUCUUCUAUCUUCUUCUCUAAUUUCUUCUGUUUUCAAUUUAAUUUCUUUUGCCCUCUCUUCAUAACACUUCUGCUCUGUUUCCAAUAUUACCCCUUUUAUUUCGCGCUAUUUACAUUUUAAAUUUGGGUCUUUGAUUUCCCUUUCUGCCCUCAGCAUCUGAUGGAGGUUCCUGUUGGGUUUCUGGCAACGCUAUGGAGCUUUUUUUCUUUUCUGCCCUUCUUCUUUCUGCUCUUGAUUCUCGGCCUUCUCAAAGCCGCGAUUAUCAGCCCAUUUGCAACAGUUAUCAUUGUCGUCGGAAACUCUUCUGUAAUAUUGGGACUGUGGCCUGCCCACUUCAUCUGGACUUAUUACUGUGUAGCAAAAACAAAGAGGCUUGGGCUAGUAUUGAAGACCUUGGUAUUGCUAUUCUUGCCCGUGCCAUUACUUUUGUGGCCGGUUAUCGGCAUUGCCGGAAGCCUUCUAGUUGGAAUAGGAUAUGGAAUUUUUGCUCCAUUGAUUGCAACUUUCGAGGCGGUUGGCGAACACGUCAUAGACAAGCUUUUCCAUUGUUUUGUUGACGGUUGCUGGAGUACAAUACUGGGAAGUUGUACAGUAGUGCAUGAUUUUAUGGAUUUUUGCUUCCACUCCUACUUCUCAUAUAUGGAUGAACUGAGUGAGAAAGUGGCUGAAGACGAGGCGCCCUUCGACAUCAAGUUAUCGAUGCUACCGAGUUGUUUCCUAGUCAGCCUACUCGCCGUGGCUGUAGAUGUGCCAAUGAUCACCGCCAUAGCACUGUGGAAAAGCCCUUGCAUGCUUUUGAAAGGAUGGCAACGGCUAUUUCAAGACUUGAUCGGAAGAGAAGGCCCUUUCUUGGAGACAGUUUGUGUACCGUUUGCAGGUCUUGCUAUCAUUUUAUGGCCUUUAGCAGUGAUUGGAGGGGUGGUCUGUACUUUCAUAUGCAGCUUCUUUCUGGCCUGUUAUGGUGGAGUCAUCGUCCAUCAGGAAAACUCUCUUCGGAUGGGACUUGCCUACAUCAUAUCAAUAAUUUCAAUCUUUGAUGAAUACACAAAUGAUUUGCUUUAUUUGAGGGAAGGGUCCUGUUUUCCAAGGCCUGUAUACCGUAAAAGAACAAAUCCUCCUUCAGGGCUCCUUGAAAGAAAUCAGUCCAUUGAUGCCGACAAGACCGAAGAGAAGAACGGGAGAUUAAGUCCCAUCAACACAAAAAUUGUCACGGAACGAUCCCAAACGCUGAGGAAAGCUAUCCAACAGUUAAAACCCAUACAAAUAUGGGAUUGGCUCUUUCGAUCUUGUGAGAUGAACGGUCGGAAGCUACUCCGUGAUGGUCUCAUAGAUGUGGCUGACAUAGAGGAUUGCAUUAUCAAGGGAAAAUGCAAGCAACUGAUCGUCAAGCUUCCGGCCUUUUGCAUUCUUCAGUGUCUUCUUAGAUCAGCAAGGUCUGAAUCGCCUGAAUUGCUCAUCGCUGAUGAUGUGGAGUUGACGAAAUCUAACUGGCCCAAGGAUAAAGUGUUUGAGUGGUUUCUUGGUCCAUUACUUAUCAUGAAGGAGCAGAUCAAACGGCUCGAAUUGGAUGAGAGUGAACAGGAAUACUUGUGCAAGUUGAUUACGACUAGCAACAAUGAGAAAUCACAGGACUGGAAUGGCAGUGGAUUUCCAUCUGACGACAGCAUCAGGCAAGCUCAAUUGCAGGCCAUAAUUCGAAGGUUACAGGGGAUUGUCAGUUCCAUGUCCCGGAUGCCGACGUUUAGGCGCCGGUUCAGGAAUCUGGUGAAGGUGUUGUAUCUGGAGGCAAUAGAAAGUGGGGCCUUAAGCUUUGAUGGAGGGAGCUCUAAAUACAGACCCAAGAUGGGUGGAUCAGUGGGCCGUGGAAGUAAACAUGACGUGGAGGCAGGCUCUAGGUCUGAAGGAAAUACCAUUCGAUCGAUCAACAGUCCAAACGGUCCAGACGAAGAGAUGGCUGGAACCAACGGGGCAAAUCGACCGGAACGACCAUUCAAUGGCGGUGACAUUGUCUAAGACCUGAUUGGUAUGGUCACAUGGGAGCUCCAAUCAUGCUACUUGGGAAUUAGUCAAUUGAACCCAAUGUUAUCAAUACUAUAUAAGUUGGUGAUCAGCAUUCAAUAUCCAGGCAUGAGGUGCAUGUAUGAGAUCCGGACCUUUCAUCUAACUGGCCCCCAUGUGGAUUAGCAAACAUCUGGAAUAUCUCACUAAGGGAAAAUGGGCAGUUGAGAAAUGUGUCCAGUUGGAGUUAAAUGGGAAAAAAUCCUCAGAUGUAUGACUAGGAUCAUCUGUAUGUGAGACUUUCAAUGUACGGGCCAUUUCCCAUAGUACUGAUGGUCUGGAUCGCACACAUGUGCCACAUGUAUGGAGAUUGAGUGCUUGAUAACUGACUAGGGCAUUAGUAUGUAGCAUAGAUUCUUUGUGGGUGUUUGUUUCAUGUCAAGAUCAGUUUGUAGGGUUCAAAGCCUGCUGUGUGAGUAAUACAGUACACAAAUACAAGUCAAUAGGAGGAAAAGUAUAGUGAAACACCUGUAAAUAUGGCAUAAUUACAGUUGUCCACCCAUAUAUGAGAUCUUAUUACACUA